CAAAGCCAAGCAAUUCAGAUGAAUGACAGCCCUGUCAGCCAAUCGAAUGCAAGUAUGAGCUAUCAUCAUCAUCAUCAUCAUCAUCAUCAUCAUCAUCAUCCAAUCAAAGCGCUGCGUGACGUAGGUCGCAGUCAGGAAAAUUUCUGGUGUUGAGUCACCGGGAUAACCGUUACUCGACCGAGGAAUCCGACUGUCGCGUCAGGAAUUUGGCUUGUUUUAGAGAAAUCACAAGGGUUCUCAUUUCUGCUGGACUGAAAUGUUACAUUUACGGACUACGGCAGGCUUCAAGGAUUUGUUUCAGCUGAAGCGUCCUUUGGCAGGUGUUGUCGGCGCACCUGCAGUUGCCUCCUUUUUCAGCAGCGUGUGUUUGGACGCCAGGGGGCGCAGAGCACCGCGGCUCCUCGUCAAAAAGCCCGCUGUAAAAGCUUUUUGCACCCCGGGUAACAACCAGCAUGGACAAGACCAGGCCAAGGAUUCGACGGCAGAUAAAAAAAGGAAGGCUGGCAUCCUGCCCAGUCUGGAGGAACUGCUUUUCUACACCAUCGCAGAGGGCCAAGAAAAAAUCCCUGCUCACAAAUUCACCACAGCGCUCAAAACGACAGGGCUUCGCACAGGUGACCCCCGGCUGAAAGAAUGCAUGGAGAUGCUGAAGGUCUCCUUGAAGACCACCUCAGAUGGAGCACUGGACCGACAUCUUUUCAAAAAAUGUGUCCAGAGCAACAUUGUCUUGCUCACCCAGGCCUUCAGGAAGAAGUUUGUCAUCCCAGACUUCCAGCUUUUUUCCUCCCACAUUGACGAACUCUAUGAAACCGCCAAAAACCUCUCUGGAGGGCAGGUGGCAGACUACAUCCCCCAGCUGGCUCGCUUCAGCCCUGACCUUUGGGCCGUGGCCCUGUGCACUGUUGAUGGACAGAGGCACACUGUUGGUGACACCAAGGUUCCCUUCUGCCUCCAAUCUUGUGUCAAGCCGCUGAAAUACGCCAUCGCCGUUCAUGACCACGGAACUGAAUAUGUGCACCGCUUCAUCGGCAAAGAGCCCAGCGGGCUGCGCUUCAACAAGCUUUUCCUAAAUGAGGAAGACAAACCACAUAACCCCAUGGUGAACGCUGGCGCUAUCGUCUGCACCUCCCUCAUCAAGCAAGGUUCAAGCAAUGCCGAGAAAUUCGAUUAUGUUAUGAACUUCAUGAACAAACUGGCUGGAAAUGAAUAUGUGGGCUUCAGUAAUGCCACGUUCCAGUCGGAACGCGAAUCUGGAGACAGAAACUUUGCCAUCGGGUAUUACCUGAAGGAGAAAAAGUGUUUCCCGGAAGGGACCGACAUGACCGCCAUCUUAGACUUCUACUUCCAGCUUUGCUCCAUUGAGGUGACAUGUGAAAGCGCCAGCGUCAUGGCAGCGACCCUGGCAAAUGGCGGCUUCUGUCCAAUCACAGGCGAGCGUGUGCUGAGCCCCGAGGCAGUGCGGAACACGCUGAGCCUGAUGCAUUCCUGUGGAAUGUACGACUUCUCCGGACAGUUUGCGUUCCACGUCGGCCUGCCGGCUAAAUCUGGUGUCGCCGGUGGAAUUCUGCUGGUUGUGCCGAAUGUGAUGGGCAUCAUGUGCUGGUCUCCUCCGCUGGACAAGCUGGGAAACAGCGUCCGAGGAAUCCAGUUCUGCACGGACCUUGUUUCUCUCUUUAAUUUCCACAACUAUGACAAUCUGAGGCACUUUGCUAAGAAACUGGAUCCUCGUAGGGAGGGGGGAGACCAGCGGGUGAAAUCGGUGAUCAAUCUGCUGUUUUCCGCCUACACUGGAGACGUCUCAGCCCUGAGAAGGUUUGCAUUGUCGUCCGUGGACAUGGAGCAGAGGGACUACGACUCGAGGACGGCGCUGCACGUUGCAGCUGCUGAAGGACAUGCUGAGGUGGUUCGGUUCCUGCUGGAGGCCUGCAAGGUUAACCCGGUCCCCAAAGACAGGUGGGGAAACACGCCAAUGGACGAGGCUGUCCACUUUGGGCACCACGACGUGGUAACGAUCCUCUGCGAUUAUCAGAACCAGUACGGCCCUCAUGACAGCCAGGGGGAGAAACCGGUGGCUGAGAAGAACCUGGACGAUAUGCUGUGACAGAUUCUGACCAGGAUCAGGAUUUAAAGAAACCUUCAAACACUUCAGACGAUGACUUCAAAACUUAGAAGCACAAAGUGAAGGAAUCCCUUAACUGUUCCCUUAAAGGCUGCACAUUGUCAUUUACAUCGCUACGGUUUCUUUGAUUGUGCUGAGGUCAGGCAAUCACAGAUUAAAGUCGGUUGAUUAAAUGUGUACCUGGAUUUCACAAUAAAAGCAUGGAGGCUUAUUAUGUAAUAAAGUAGUCUGAAUUGUGACUUUGCCAGAUGCCAGGUGGGAAAUAUCUGAAACAAUCCAUCAAUCCAACAAAAAGUUAAUAAAUAUUCAAGCAACUAACUGUAAAUGCCUCAGCUUUGAGGGGAAAAAUACAAGAAAGGUCAUCUUAGACUGUACAACUUUAAUUGUAUCAAUAGCGCCCCCUGCCUUUGUUUUGGGCUGUCUGAAAGAUGCUGUUUUCUCAUUGUGCAGAUGAAAAAUGUUGUUUAAUUUUACAUGCUAAAAUUUCAGACAGUUUAACAGAAUCUGGUGUAACGCAGAGUAGAGUUGACGUAUCUGUCAAACAAACCGCUGCACAAUCAGACUCAAAGUCUGAAAGGAUUUGCUC